CUUUCAUCAUGCGAGCUCGUUAGACUAUAGAUUAUCUAGCUUUUGUACUAUGUCAGGCAAGCGUCUACUGGACGCUAUUCAAGUUCUCAAUGUCGCCAAGACCGUUGCGAUGAAGCAUCUGGCGGUGCGACAGCGUCAGCUAGAUUUGUUUACGAGGACCUCUUUUCUCACUAAGGGCAUCAAAGAGCAGGCGGAUGGCCUGGUACUUACCGCGCAAGCCGCCGCUGCGUUGGCAAAGCGAUUCAACGAACUCCAUCCUUCCGAAUCGGCUCCUACGACUCAAGCCCAAAGCUCGACCGAGUCUCUACGUGAGGCGAAUCUCUCUGCAGAUGAGGCAAGGAAAUUACAGCGGCAGGCAGAAUUCCAGAUCCCGUCGACGACUGCGGAACAUAGCGGAGAUGAAGGGUCGAGCACCUUAAACGUAAGUCAGCAGCAGGAUGUGUUCUACGAGCCGUCGCAGAAGGCAGGACCCGGGUUAUCUGGACUUCCUAGGAUGAAACUUCCCAAGACCUUAAGUGAUACUCAAAGUGGCUUGAACAACGAUAUCAACGCGGAUGUAUAUCACUCUUCGGUGGAUGUUGAGAACGCUUCAUCGCCUGUGCAAGAAGAAGAUGUUCCAGAUAAAGUCAUGAGCCAACUCUUUCGCAGCCCUAAAGUUGCCAAAUCGAUCUCUCGGAAAGUGGAUGUGGGCCUGAAGGAAGGUGAAAUAAGGACUGCCGGAUCCUCAACACUCUCCGUUGGCCAGGAUGCAUCUUCUAUCUCUCGUGCUGAACAGACUGAGAAGGAUGAGAUCGAGAAUCUAGGAAAUAGCACUGCGGAUGAUAUCGUUUCAACCAACCCUGCGCAGGCAGAUCCGGUGGUAACGGCGGAUCCAAACCAGGCUAACACUUAUAAGAUGUUGGAAUCGCGCGUCCCGUCGUCACGGCUAGGGCGACUAUGGCAAUACGGUGGGCUGGCAACGUCGAUGGCUUUUGGAGCUGUCGGUGAGGGUCUACGAAGGAUAACUGGCAGUAAUGAUGCGGACGCUGGAUCUCUCGUGUUCAGUCCCGGGAACAUGGAACGCCUUGUCGCCAAGCUUUCGAAAAUGCGUGGAGCUGCUCUCAAACUAGGCCAGCUGCUGAGCUUCCAAGAUUCCAAAUUGCUCCCAGAGUCGAUCGGUAUUGUUCUACAAAGAGUACAAGAUAAAGCUGACUACAUGCCGGCCUCUCAGCGUAACAAAGUCCUAGCUGAUAAUCUGGGCCCUAACUGGCGUGAUCUAUUCACCUCCUUCGACGAAGUGCCCAUGGCUGCAGCUUCUAUAGGUCAAGUGCACGGAGCAGUGCUGAAGAAAACAGGUCAAGCCGUUGCCGUCAAAGUACAAUAUCCAGGCGUGGCAGAUUCGAUCGACUCAGACCUGAAUAACUUGUCGAUUCUACUUACAGCAUCCCGUCUUCUCCCAAGAGGUCUAUAUCUGGACAAAACUAUCGCAAAUGCCCGAACAGAGCUUGCCUGGGAAUGCGACUACAACCGAGAAGCCGAGUGUAGUAACCGCUUCAGGGAACUCCUUAAGGAUGACCCGGUCUUUUUAGUACCGGAGAUCAUACCCGAAGCCUCGGGUAAACAGGUUUUGACCAUGGAACGCUUAAAUGGAGUUGCUGUUACCAAGAUCCAAAAUUUCAGCCAAGGACAGCGUGACUGGAUCGGCACACAGAUCAUGCGUCUAUGCCUGCGAGAAAUCAUUGAAUUCAAAUAUAUGCAGACGGACCCGAACUGGACUAACUUCCUCUACAAUGCGGAGACUAACCGUCUAGAACUACUCGACUUUGGUGCGACGCGCGAGUACCCCAUCGACUUCAUCACGAAAUACAUUCGCACACUCGUGGCUGCCUCCCGGAACGAUCGCGAGACCUGUCACCGUCUCUCCAUCGACCUAGGCUAUCUAACAGGUCACGAGUCGUCAGCUAUGGUGGAUGCACAUGUCACAUCAAUUACCACUAUCGCUGAGCCGUUCAUGGGUUCUUCCCCGGAUGUCUAUGAUUUCAGCAAUCAAACUAUCACCGACAGGGUCCGUGCUCUGAUCCCAAUUAUGAUCCGUGAACGCCUGUCGCCUCCGCCAGAGGAGACAUAUAGUCUUCACCGGAAGCUCAGUGGUGCCUUCUUACUCUGCGCCAAGCUGGGGAGCCGAGUGCGGUGUAAGGAAUUGUUCACGGAUGCAGUCGAGAAGGCUGGUAGGUUAGGAAUCGAGGUGAAACCUUAGAAGUGGGGAUUGCCCCCUAGGUUCUGUGUAUAAUAGUGCAAAAAUCAACUUCUGUAAAUUACAUAGAUGAUGUACGGUUGGAUAAUAUGAUACAAUGUCGACAAAACG